AUGUCUGGCUCCGGAUACGAUGCAGUAGUGGACGUGGACGACGAGGGCGACCUCGGCCACACCGACCUCCAAGAAGACCUCGAAUUCCACAGCUCCAACUUCACCGAACCCUCGCGCGGCGGCCGCAAGGUCCCCGGCUCCUCCAGCCUUCUGCCCCCUCCGGCAACCGCCUCGUCCUCCUCUGGAGCGGGCGGCGCGGGCUCGUCCAAGCGCUACCUCUGGAGCAUGUCCUUUUACGCGCAGUUCUUCGACGUCGACACCUCGGCCGUGCUGUCGCGCUGCUGGGCGGCGCUCUUCCCGCGCGCAAACUUCCUCGACGUGCUCGAGGGCAACCCCGACUUGUACGGGCCGUUUUGGAUCGCCACGACGGUGGUGCUCAUCUUGUUCCUGGGCGGCACGAUCAGCCAGUAUCUUUCGACGACGGGCAAGUCGCAGUUUGCGUAUGACUUUAGGUUACUGAGCGGCGCCGCUGGCUUAAUCUACGGAUACACCAUGGUCAUCCCCGUAGCCCUCUUCCUCGCCCUGCGCUACUUUGGAAGCGAGUCGGCCAACCUCCUGGAGUGCUGGGCGCUCUACGGCUACUCGAACCUGAUAUGGAUCCCCGUCGCCCUCAUCUCCUGGUCGCCCAUCUCCAUCCUUAACUGGGUCUUUGUCGGCGUAGGCUUCGGACUGUCCGUGGUGUUUUUGGUGCGGAACUUGUAUCCGGUGCUGAGCGCGACGGACCGCCAGGUCAGCAAGAUUCUGCUGGUCAUUGUCAUCUUGCUGCAUGCCGGUCUUUCAUUGACGAUUAAAAUUCUCUUCUUUGCUCAUGGAAGUCCUGUUGCGAGAUCUCCGGCAGACGGGGGAUCUGACGGUAACUGA